CACUUUCCAAUCCUGCACUCUUCUCCACUCUCUCUUCUUCACACUGUUUCUCUAAAACUUCGAAAUAUUCGAAGUUUCAAAGUCUCAGUUUCUUAAACUCUUCGGCAUUGCCAUUGAGCAAACACAUUUGGAAUAAUACAUUUCAUUUUCUGUUUUCAAUGGAAAAGUUACCGCAACUCUUUUUCAUUCUUCCUCUGUUUCUAUUUCCCUUUGCCUUUGCUGGCCAUGACUACGGCCAAGCUCUGAGUAAGAGCAUUAUGUUCUUCGAGGCUCAGAGAUCUGGUUACCUUCCUCAUAACCAGAGAGUUUCAUGGAGAUCUCAUUCCGGUCUUCAAGACGGUAAAGUGAGCGGCGUAGAUCUAGUCGGCGGUUACUAUGACGCCGGCGAUAAUGUGAAAUUUGGGUUACCUAUGGCUUUUACUGUGACAAUGAUGUCGUGGAGUAUCAUUGAGUAUGGUAAACAAAUGGCGAGUAGUGGUGAACUUGGUCAUGCCAUGGAGGCUGUGAAAUGGGGGACUGAUUAUUUCAUUAAGGCUCAUCCUGAACCUAAUGUUCUGUAUGGAGAGGUAGGGGACGGAAACACUGACCACAAGUGUUGGCAGCGACCAGAGGAUAUGACUACUGACCGUCACGCUUACAAGAUUGAUCCGAGCAAUCCCGGGUCGGAUCUCGCCGGAGAAACCGCCGCGGCUAUGGCAGCAGCUUCCAUAGUCUUCCGACGUUCUAACCCUGCGUAUUCUCAUGAACUACUCAGUCAUGCUUAUGAGUUGUUUGAUUUUGCGGAUAAAUACCGAGGCAAAUAUGACAGCAGCAUCACAGUUGCGCAGAAGUACUAUAGAUCUAUCAGUGGCUAUAAUGAUGAAUUGCUUUGGGCUGCUGCAUGGUUGUAUCAAGCAUCUAACAACCAAUAUUACUUGGAUUACCUCGGUAGAAAUGGUGAUGCCAUGGGUGGAACUGGUUGGCAGAUGACUGAAUUUAGUUGGGAUGUGAAGUAUCCUGGUGUUCAGACUUUGGUUGCCAAGUUUCUAUUGCAAGGAAAAGCUGGCAUUCAUACACCGGUGUUUGAAAAAUAUCUUGAAAAGUCUGAGUAUUUCAUGUGUUCAUGCAUGGGAAGGGGUACUCACAAUGUUCAAAGGACACCCGGUGGCCUAAUAUACCGCCAGAGAUGGAACAACUUGCAGUUCGCCACAAGUUCCUCCUUUUUAGCUACAGUUUAUUCUGACUACCUCGCUUCGUCUGCUAGGGACUUGAAAUGUGCUUCUGGCUAUGUCGCUCCUUCUCAGCUUCUCUCAUUCGCAAAGUCUCAGGUGGAUUACAUUCUUGGGGACAACCCGAGGGCUACCAGUUACAUGGUUGGAUAUGGAAACAAUUUCCCUCAAAGAGUUCACCACAGAGGUUCAUCCAUUGUUUCAAUCAAGGCUAACCCUUCAUUUGUCAGCUGUAUGGGAGGUUAUGAUACUUGGUUUAGCAGCAAAAGGAGCAACACCAAUAUACUAACCGGUGCUAUUGUUGGUGGACCUGAUGCAUACGAUGACUUUGCUGAUGAAAGAAAGAACUAUGAACAAACAGAACCAGCAACCUACAACAAUGCUCCUCUUAUAGGUGUUCUUGCUCGGCUCGGUGGCGGUCAUGGUGGUUAUAACCAGCUCCUUCCAGUUGUUGUUACAGCUCCUAAGCCUAUUGUUACCAGGCAACAUUCAUUCACCAAACCCAGGAUAACUCCAUCCCCAGCUUCAUGGUCAGGUCCAAUUUCCGUUGAACAGAAAAUGACACACUCAUGGGUUGCAAAUGGAAUAACUUACUAUAGAUAUUCAACAACUGUGACUAACAAAUCAAACAAGAAUCUCAAGUCUCUCAAUCUUUCAAUAUCCAAGCUUUACGGUCCAAUCUGGGGACUAACAAAGUCUGGUAAUUCAUACACAUUCCCAGCAUGGAUUAACACAUUAUCAGCCGGUAAAAGCCUUGAAUUUGUCUACAUCCAUUCUACCUCUCCAGCAGAUGUCUCAGUCGCGAACUACUUGUUGGCCUGAGGAUAAUCUAUUUGGCUUAAAAAGUCAGACGCAAACACGGACGGUUUAUUGCUUUCUUGUGUAAUAUGAAAUGUGCAGUGAGGCGAGGAGAGGUUCUUCUGAUUCUCCUUUUUCAUUUUGGUGUCAAAUUUUCUUUUACUCUUGUGUAUUUUGCAUUUCGUUAGGAUAGAUCAAAAUAGAUAGAUUAUAUAAGAUGGAAGGAGCGGAAUAGAAAGGAGUGAAGAGACCGAAAAUGAGUGCUCAUCCUCUUUCUAACCGCUUUACAACUUAUAUACAGUGAGUAAUACAAGACAGACAGACAGCGAGACAAAGUUUCGGUUGAGAAGUUCAGAAUAUAAAUGAACUUCUCAACAUGUUAGAGAAGAGUCAUCACUUGUAUUUUUUCUAUGUGUGAUGUUACAUUGUAAGCUUUGCAGCAUUCGUACUCCAUAUAUAAUAGUUUGUGCUAUAGUAUUAUAA